AUGCGUGUCAUGGAGAUUUCCCGCAAGAUUUACAAUCUAAGAGAUUCAAACUUGCAAGAUUUGUGUUGAAAAAUGUCCAAGAAUCUCGUCGACGCAUCGGCGGCGCGAUGCAGAAGUGGUGUCGAUCAGCGCGAUCGCGAUCGCGAUCGCAUCACCGUCAUCUUGCGUCGUCAUUCGCCUGCGAUGCGCAGCCGCGCGCUGACUGUCGACGCUGCCGGCUCGGCCAUCGUCGGGCUCUUUCUGUUCUUCGCUCCACAUUUGGCCGCCGAUUUCGUAUUCAAAAGGAAAUCAGACGGAGUACACUGGCAUUUGAUUCGAUGUAUCGGAGGACAAAUAAUUGCCGCCGCCUUCGUUUCAUAUCGUUUUCGAAAAGCAAAUUUGGCAACUCAUACAGUAUGCCAUAUUUUGCGAAUAAUACCAUGUAUAAUAUGCCUUAUGCUUAUAUUUCAAUGCCGUUCUAUGACGCCACAACUCAUUGAGCCAUUGCUUCUAGAAAUUGCAAAAUAUCUACUCUUUGCUGGCUUAUUCAUCAACGCCGUUUUACUUGUUACCUCAGGAUGGCAUAUUGGGACGACAUUGGUACCUGGAAAUAGGCUAGGAAACUGCUUGUAUCAGUUAGAUGCUAUGGCAUCGAUUUGUAUAGGAGCUGCAUGGUUGACAUUUCCAAAAUGGUUGUUACAUAGACAGGUGGCGGUGCCACUAGACGAGUCCCACGAACUUUGUGGACGAAUUAUGGGCGCACUAUUCGUAACAUCUUACAUAGUUUCUGCAAAUGCACUACAUUGGACUGUAGCGGCUGACAAAAUGACAGCAGUUGAAGGCAGAGUUGUUUGUUGCCUCUGCAUAUUAUCUGCACAAGUCUGGUCACAGAUUGCCUAUUCUCACUCAUGGUCCGGUGGACAUUGGGUGGGCAUCAGCCUCUUUUCGACAUGGACAGUACUCUCGAUUAUUUACCGUAUAGGCUUAUAUUUCACACUGAAGGAGAAGAAACGCUAGAAAUUAUAUUUUGACUUGAUAAAGUGCUUAGUCAGUGUGUAGAAUGAUCGAUUGAUGAGUAUGUCCUUUGCGACAAUGUAUUUACUAUCAUUUGAUUUCUUGCAAUUUAUUCUCCUGAUUGCAAUGCAUCACCUCGGAGUGUCUUUAAGAUUUUGAUAAAAUUCAUAAUAAUCGUUGACU